CGCUACGGGGCUGUCCCUGGCCGGGUAGGAUACUGGCAGGCGUUAUCGGAUUUGAAUCCUUUUUCGGUCAUUAGUCGCACCCUUAACGCCAAAAACAAAAUGGCAGGCUGUUUGGUCAGGGCACGAGCUUACCGGCUUCUCAAUUCUAGACUCGGUUCAAUAAGCAAUGCAAAAUGUUUGUUUCAAGACCUAGGAUACAAAUUCAGAAUACCAAGGCCGUGUUCCUCUCUGACAAGGAACGGAAAAGGAAUUCAGCGCCCAGUAAGCAAACCACGUGUCCGUGCGAUUGUCGACAGGCUCAAUUACUUCUCUACCACACCCAUAGCUUCUACGACAAUAGAUCUAGAGCAAGGGACACACAGAAUUAUAAACCAUAGAAAGCUCGCUGCUAAAGUGUUAACAGAUUCAGAUGCUGAUGUGCAUCGUCUCAUCUGUGGAUAUCUCAUCGGAAGAGGAGGACAGAACAUUAAAAAGUUGCGAUUGGAAACUGGGUUAGAUUUUGACCUUGAUACUAAAACAAAACCAGAUCUAGGCCCAAGUCUUCUUGUAUUCGGAACAGAUUCUGAAGUGUUAAAGAGUGAAAAAAAAAUAAUAGCAGAAGAGGUACAAAAGAUAAGAAACUGCAUAAGAAAAGUGUUUACAGAUGAAGAUGUUGACAUUCAUGCUAACAUUGUAAAACAUAUCAUUGGAAAAGGAGGACAAAACAUACAAAGAUUGAAACUGGAAACCGGAUUAGAUUUUAAACUCGACAUUAUCAAAACAGGACUAAUUGUUCAUGUGACUGAUGCUGAAAUGUUGAAGAGUGCAACAGAAAAAGUGACAAGAGAAGUUCAGAGAAUGAGAAACUGCAUUGAAAAGGUGUUUACAGAUGAAGAUGUUGUCAUUCAUGGUUAUAUUGUAAGAAAAAUCAUUGGAAAAGGAGGACAAAAUAUACAAAGAAUGAAAACUGGAUUGGAUUUUGAACUCUUCAUUAUCAGCACAUGCCUAGUUUUAAUUGGGACUGAUGGUGAAACGUUGAAGAGUGCAACAGAAAAAGUGACACAAGAAGUACAAAGAAUAAGAAACUGCGUAGGAAAAGUGUUUACAGAUGAGGAUGUUGACAUUAAUAAUGAAAUAUAUAACGGUAUCAUUGGAAAAGGAGGACAAAACGUACAAAGAUUGAGAUUGGAAACCGGAUUAGAGUUUGAUAUCGACAGUAUCACCACAUGUACAGGACUACUUGUAUCUGUGACUGAUGCUGAAACGUUGAAGUGUGCAAAAGAAAAGGUAACACAAGAAGUACAAAGAGUAAGAAACUGCAUUGGAAAAGUCUUAACAGAUGAAGAUGCUGACAUUAAUAAUGAAAUAUAUAGCCGUAUCAUUGGAAAAGGAGGAAAAAACAUACAAAGAUUGGAAUUGGAAACUGGAUUAGAUUUACAUCUCUCCUCUAUCAGCAAAGGUCUACUUGUUCAAGUAGCUGAUGCUGAAAUGUUGAAGAGUGCAACAGAAAAAGUGACAAGAGAAGUUCAGAGAAUGAGAAACUGCAUUGAAAAAGUGUUUACAGAUGAAGAUGUUGACAUUCAUGAUUAUAUUGUAGGAAAUAUCAUUGGAAAAGGAGGACAAAACUUACAAAGACUGAAAUUUGUAACCGGAUUAGAUUUUAAACUCUCCAUUAUCAGCACAGGCCUACUUGUAAUUGGGACUGAUGGUGAAACGUUGAAGAGUGCAACAGAAAAAGUGACACAAGAAGUACAAAGAAUUAGAAACUGCGUAGAAAAAGUGUUUACAGAUGAAGAUGUUGACCUUCAUGCUAACAUUGUAAGAAAUAUCAUAGGAAAAGGAGAACAAAACAUAGAAAGAUUAAAAAUGGAAACCGGAUUGGAUUUUGAACUCGAGAGUAUCACCACAGGCCUACUUGUUAUUGCGUCUGAUGCUGAAAUGUUGAAGAGUGCAACAGAAAAAGUUACACAAGAAGUAAAAAGAAUAAAGAACUUGAUAGAAAAAAACUGAACUGAUCGAACAAUAUUAACACAUUAAAUAUACUGAAGCUCAUCAUCAUUGCAGAAUUUCAGGAAUGGUCAGUAAUUAAUGAUCAGAAGUUAAGAUUGAAAGGAUUAGUUUUUAUCACAUAAUGUCGUGUGUUAUCUAGUGAAUAUAGCGAUGUCAUAUUUUUUUGCGUAACAUGUGGUCAUACUAUUUAUUACCUAUGCAAUAUGACCUAUCGGCCCUGUGAUUGGUUUCAAUUGUUUGAUGUCACAGACUUGCACACUGGAGUUAAAAUGGCUGCUUUUUACAUUUUAACCCUUGUAGUGCUACGACAGCCUUUUGGCUGUCUGGAUAAGCGCUAGGUAUUUCCCGGCGAUUAUGAAAAAAAAUAUCAAUAAAUACACAAUCCCAUGACUUAAAUAGUUAUUCAAUAGGAAGCUAUAUAUCUUUGCAUUCGUUUUUCAUAAAAAAAACUUUAAUACAUUUCUCCCUUUCGUCUCUGUAUCAAGAAGUAAAGCCCUGUCAACUGCGCUAUUUCCAGAAUAUGCGAUAUUUCUAGCCGUGUUACAUCAUCGGAAACAUGUGCACAAUACAAAGGUGGUAGCGAUAGGUAAAUCUUGUACCGGACCCUGACUGAAACCCUGUACCAGGAAUAUAAAGAUAUCUUAAUAUCUCAUUAACGCGAUUGUUUAUACUUUUUAGGUCACCUGAGACAAAGUCUCAAGUG